AUGCACAAGAACUCGUCCGACCAGAAGUUCACCAUCGAUCUUUCGCCGGCGCGGAACUCUCGUAUCCCCUCUAUUCUCACCUCUCUCGGUGUGCUCGCUAGCGCUGAUCUGGGUACUGCACACAUGAGCCGCACUAUGAACUUUCGACUGUGCGACUACAACCCUGUCACCGCGGCUCCGGACUGCAGCAGCGGUGUCAUCUUCCAGGAUGGCACUCCCGGUCUGGAAUUCGAGGAUGCGGAUGCCCCGGGCACCUGGGUCCCUAUCCCGGGCGAUGCCACUGUCAUUCUGACGGGCUGGUGCGCCGUGGUUCUGAGUGGAGGUCGUAUUCGCGCCGCCAGACAUCGUGUCAGAAGGACCCCUGGCGUGCGCCGGCUGAGCGCGGUGCUGUUUGUGGCGCUCGAUCUCGAUCUCAAGUUGCGGCCCUUGGGCGGGGUUCAGCUGGCUCGACCCUUCUCUGAGGCCAUCAUGCGCGGUAGCAUGGAUGUCGAGCAGUUCAAAGAGGUUAUGGGGGCCCGGUGGCGCUACAGGGAAGGAAAUGAGGAGAUAGCUGAUGGCGAUGCAGUCACCCAGGACAGCGAGAUUGAAAAGCUUGUUUGGAGUUAA